GUUGUGAAAAACGUUCACGGACAGGAAAAUGAAUUGGAACUGGGAUGUUUAAUAAGAACUUUCUGACAUCAGUAUCGUGAAUCGCUAUGUCGAUGAAUAAAAGUUUUGAAAUCAGCGCAUUAUUCGUUAUUUAAAUGAUUGUCGCCCCCAAGUUUCCAACAAUUCUCGAUAGUCAAUUGAUGUACAGUUGAUGUCUGAUAGACGACCUUCUAUGAUUACGUAUCCAGCAACAGAAAUCAUCACUAUGGAUACCUUAGAUACGGAAGAUAUCAGGAUGAAGUUCGCCGUGUGCCUGCUCGUUUUGUUGCCAAUGGUCUACUGUGCCAGCAUCGAGGAGAGAUUCGUCUUCGGAUCAUUCCAGCUCCACUUAAGCGACGUCACGAAACUUCUGCAGUCUUCUUUUGGCUCCGACACUACUGAGGCUGCAUGUGAUGCCGCCUGUCCGGGCCUCCUUGCUGCAGUCCCAGGCGGUAGUCUAGUCGCUGGAUUGCUGUGCAGUCCAGCAUGCAAAGAGCUCCAGCACCUUGCCCAGGGACGCUAAUUUCUAAUGGCAUUGGAUAUCUCUUUGGAAAAAAAUAAACGACAUAAAUAUAAAA